GACACAGGCUGGAUUAAGAGUCGUGUGAGAGAGCAGACUAACUUUAGCAGGUAAAGCAAUAAACCUGCUUUUCGUAUGAAGUAUAAAAACGUGCAUGGGUGAUAGUAGUGGCUAUCGCUAUUUGUGGAUCUGUGAAGAUGGAUGCUGUGAAGCGGUGGAAGGCAGGAUGGGGCUAUCCCACGACUAUGCUGUGCGUCUAUGGGUUCUUCAGUACUGUGAAACCUCUCGUACCCUUCAUCUACCCUUACCUGACUGGUCCAGACAAAAACCUGACGGUGGAACAGGUGACCAACGAGAUCUACCCUGUGUGGACAUACUCCUACCUGGCUGUGAUGGUGCCAGUCUUUCUGCUCACCGAUUGGCUGCGCUACAAGCCCGUCGUGGUGUUUCAGUGCAUCAACCUCUUCAUAACCUGGGCGAUGAUGCUAUUGGUGCAGGAGGUGGCAGUCUUUAAGGCGAUGCAGUUCUUCUAUGGCGUGAAGUCGGCCUGUGAGGUGGCCUACUUCUCAUACAUCUACAGCAUAGUGGACCUGAAAUACUACCGAAAGGCUACAUCCUACUGCCGUAGUGUACAGCUGCUAGGCUACACGGUGGGCUCUGUGCUGGGACAGUUGCUGGUCAGUUUCAACCUCAUGUCCUACAACAACAUCCUGGUACUUACCCUGGUGUUGAUCUCCAUCGCCCUGGUGACUUCCCUCUUCCUGCCCAUGCCACAGAGAAGCAUGUUCUUCCAUCGGAGUCAAAGUGACCUUCCACAGACCCCAGAAGGAGGGGACAUGUGCGCAGGUGAUGUGUCCACUGAGGGGCCAGUGAGGGCUAGGGGCUGCAGCCAGGUAUUUUUGCUGCUGUGGAGAGACUUUCUCCAGUGCUACUCAACCAGGGCACUGCUGUACUGGUCAUUAUGGUGGGUACUGGCUACCUGCGGCUACAACCAGGCAAUUAACUAUGUACAGGUGUUAUGGGCACACAUACAGCCAUCCCGGAAAGUCCAAGUCUACAACGGAGGGGUGGAAGCUGUGUCCAAUCUGUUUGGUGCAGCGACGGCCUAUGGCAUUGGUUUCAUCCAGGUGGACUGGGCCCAGUGGGGAGAGUUGUUCCUGGGCUCCAUCUCUGGCCUGGGUGCUGUAGCCCUGUUCAUCAUGACCUUCACUGACAACAUCUGGGUCUGCUAUGCCGGCUAUGUUGCCUUUAAGGGCCUCUACAUGCUGCUUAUCACAUUUGCCAUGUUCCAAAUUGCUACUGAUCUCUCUAUGGAGAGAUAUGCACUGAUCUUUGGAGCAAACAACUUUGGGGCUUUGGUCCUUCAGACUAUCAUCACAUCUGUUGUGGUGGAUGGCAGGGGGCUGGGCUUGGGCAUCAUCCCACAGUUCAUCAUUUAUGGAAGCUACUUCUCAGCCAUCGCUGUCAUUUUCUUUCUGAGAGGUGUGUACACGAUAAUGAGAGUGCGGCGAAGCCACAGAGACUCCACCGCUGCAGAGGAGCCUCCAAGCCCAACCACGUGUACACCACUGCAGAGGAGCCUCCAAGCCCAACCACGUGUACACCACUGCAGAGGAGCCUCCAAGCCCAACCACGUGUACACCACUGCAGAGGAGCCUCCAAGCCCAACCACGUGUACACCACUGCAGAGGAGCCUCCAAGCCCAACCACGUGUACACCACUGCAGAGGAGCCUCCAAGCCCAACCACGUGUACACCACUGCAGAGGAGCCUCCAAGCCCAACCACAUGUACACCACUGCAGAGGAGCCUCCAAGCCCAACCACAUGUACACCACUGCAGAGGAGCCUCCAAGCCCAACCACGUGUACACCACUGCAGAGGAGCCUCCAAGCCCAACCACGUGUACACCACUGCAGAGGAGCCUCCAAGCCCAACCACGUGUACACCACUGCAGAGGAGCCUCCAAGCCCAACCACGUGUACACCACUGCAGAGGAGCCUCCAAGCCCAACCACGUGUACACCACUGCAGAGGAGCCUCCAAGCCCAACCACGUGUACACCACUGCAGAGGAGCCUCCAAGCCCAACCACGUGUACACCACUGCAGAGCAGCCUCCAAGCCCAACCCUGUGUACACCACUGCAAGCUUGAACAUGCAGUGGAACAAAAAGAAGAACCCAAAGUAUAAGUGUUUUCAUCUGACCGGUUCUGACCAUAGACAUUAAUCUGUCCAAAACUGGGGGGGACUAGGUGUCUCACCAAACAUCUACUUUAAAAUAGAAUGUCAUGCUGCUCUGUAUACUUGUAUUUAUAAUCAAAAUAAAAAUGAAUGUUCCUCGGGUACAAACCACUGACAAUCUGAAAUGGUCCACCCACACAGACAGUGUGGUGUAGAAGGCGCAAUAGCGCCUUUUCAACCUCAAGAGGCUGAAGAAAUUUGGCUUGGCACCAAAGACCUUCAUAAAGUUCUACACAUGCACCAUUGAGAACAUCCUGUCGGGCUGCAUCGCCGCCUGGCACGCUAACUGCACUGUCCACAACCGCAGGGC